CACCAUAUUCCACACGCCUCCUGUUAAUGCUUUACUUCCUCUGUUAAACUGAUAUUGUCUCGCUUCAACCACACACUGGACUGUUCGCACUUCAGGCGCGGGACAGCAUGACUGGUGGACUCAAGGACGGUGAAACUGACGAGGGAUUUCUGCACUCGCAGUUCAUCAGGAAACAAGGAAACAUAUACAAACCAAAUAACAAAGAGAUGGAUAACGACAGUAUGAGCGGGAUGAAGACGAUGCAGGACGUCCACACGAAAGAGAUCGACCUGGUGAACCGGGACCCCAAAUACUUAAACGACGACGUUGUCAAGGUGGAGUUCGAGGAUGUGAUCGCGGAGCCUCCAGGGACAUACAGCUUCGACGGCGUGUGGAAGGCCAGCUUCACCACCUUCACGGUGACCAAGUACUGGUGCUACCGUCUCCUUACCGCCCUGGUGGGAAUCCCGCUGGCGCUGGUCUGGGGCAUCUUCUUCGCCAUCCUGUCCUUCAUCCACAUCUGGGCGGUGGUGCCGUGCAUCAAGAGCUAUCUGAUCGAGAUCCACUGUGUCAGCCGUGUUUACUCCAUCUGCAUCCACACCUUCUGCGAUCCUCUGUUUGAAGCCAUGGGCAAGUGCUUCAGCAGCGUCCGCAUCAGCACCACCAAGGGGGUGUAGGAAAAGAGGAGGAAGAAGAGGAAAAUGAAUGGAGGAUGUGGGGAGGAUGGUGGGAAUGAGGUGAGGGCUGGAAACCAUAACAGAUUUUAAAGGGAGAGAAGACACCUGAAGAAACUGAAAGAAAAGAGAGGGAGCAACUUUUUUUGAUCAAAGAAGAGGGUGAGACAUUUCUAGAGCUGUGGGCGGGAUGUUGGCGGUGACGGGGCGGAGACACAGGGAGUACCUUGCCCCACCUCUCUUUCUCCGUCUCCCUCGACGACUAUCGUUUCUCUCUCCAGUGCUGGUUUAACCAACAGGGGCACAUGAUUAUGUCAAGUCAUUCCUUGAGGUCUUUGUUUAUAUUUUUAAUUUAGUUUUUGUUAGUGUUGUUUAUCAUUGCAGGAGUACCACCACGCUAGCCACCCCACCCCCCACUCCAUUAUUCCUAACAUUAUUCCGAAAUGUUGUGUGAUCCUCUCUCUGAUUACAGCUUGUUGAAUGAAGGGUAUGAUUGGUUGAAUUAUUGAGUGUAGCCUAGUGGAUAGAGCAUUGGACUAGUAACCAAAAGUAACCGAAAGAUUGCAAGUUCAAAUCCCCGAGCUGACAAGGUACAAAAUCUGUCGUUCUGCCCUUGAACAGGCAGUUAACCCACUGUUCCUAGGCCGUCAUUGAAAAUAAGAAUUUGUUCUUAACUGACUUGCCUAGUAAAAUAAAGGUAAAAAAUUUAAAAAAUUGAUUGAUUAGUUAGUUAAUUGAUUGAUAGGCUCAUAUGAUGGAUUUUGGUGUCCUCUCUGCUGGGUUUGUGUUCCUAUUUUUGGGAGGGUAAUGCUUUGGGUGCAGGGGAAGGGAUAUCUCUGUGCCUGUCCCAUUGCGUUGUUUGGAGAGAGUUGACAAAUCCCACCUAACACAGCACAAAAUCCGAGAGCCAAACCCCUCUCAACACCCCUCUCUCAGUCCCACUACCCACCCCCCACCCCCACCCCACCUGACCCCCUCACACACCCUCCACCCCGCUAUGCCUGCCUUGACUCCGAGUCUGAAACACUGAACCUGCCCUUGUUUCUGCAUGCACCACCACCUCAGCAAAGCCACCGAGCCAACCAACACGCCGCUGUCAGUCUGCAUGUCCUGACAGACAGACAGGCAGGCAGACACACGGGUAUAAGACAACCACCUGAUGACAUCAUAAUCACUCUCUCCAUCAACACUGUUUUGUUCCAGCUCCAAUCCAAGCAAGAGAGAUGAAAUUCUAUGACAACAACCAA